AUGAGCGCUACAGCACCCGCAGUCAAGAGAAGAGCAUGCGUGGCGUGCACAGCUGUCAAGGCGAAAUGCACACCCCAGAACGAGAACAUGUGUCAGCGGUGCGCUCGUUUGGGCAAGUCAUGCACAUACCUUGACCUUCCGCAGACGAAGCGGAGGCACAAGCCCUCACCAAGCCGUGUGGAUGUGCUAGAGAAGAAGGUCGACCAGCUGAUGUCACAGCUAGCUGCCUUGACCCAACAGAACAGGCGAACAUCGCCCGUUAAUUCCAAUUCCUUCCCCGACGACCUAGGCUCAUCUCAUACCACCGAGCUGCAUGUGGCAGACAUUCCUGUGCUACUAGAGGCUGCUAAUGACCCGUCCCACGGUGUUCAUCCGCCGACCAGCUCUGUUCUAGCGGGCCAGCCCUCUAUCGUAGAUCGAGGGCUUCUGAGUGAAGCUGAGGCUGAACGCCUACUCAAGACUUUCCAGCUUGAAUUGGUAUACAAGUUUCCGUUUGUUGUGAUUGCACACAACGAAACGGCCGCUAGCCUCAAGGCCCGGGAACCAUUUCUUUUUCUGUGUGUCGUCGCAGCGACCAUAGGCAGCUCGCAUCCCAUGCGCAGAACCGUCGCUGAUGAGAUCAUGAACCACAUUACGCAAAGACUGGUAGCGCAUUCUGAGAGAAAUCUCGAGCUGCUUCGUGGUCUAUUGGUCCACAGUGCGUGGUACUCAUAUCCAGCAGAGAGACAUCACCCUCGACUUUUGCUCUUGAUUCAGUUUUGUAUGUCCGUUUUGUAUGAUUUGGGACUUCACAGAAAGCCAAGUCUAAAUACAGACGAGCAGCGGGCGUUGCUCGGUACAUAUUGGCUGUCGGUUGGCCUCUGUAGCAUCCUCGGCCGGCCAAUCGUCAUGAAGCAUGAUACUCGAAUGGAUGAGUGUAUUAAGAGUAUAGCCUCUACCGAGCAGCUAUCGGACAGGUGGAUUGCGCCCUUCAUCCACUUGCAAACAUUCGUGGCAAUGAUGGACGACAUUCACGCUUCAAUCCAGCCAAGCGGUGGGAGGGCUCUCGUCCAAGUUACGCGCGGCACCCUCCAGCGGCAAUUCGAUAAUGUGAGGGCACAUGUAGAAAAGGAACUCUUGGGGUGCCCUUCGUCGAUAGAGAACUUAUUUCGCACUGAAAUUAAAUACGUGGAAAUACGGCUCGAGGAAUUAUGUCUUCGGGAGGAACUGUGGAUUGCAGAGCCCGGUAGCACAGUCCGGACAACCAUGCUGAUGGGUGUGGCUCAGCGAAGUAAGGAGCUGAUUCAAGCGAUCAGCAACCUACCAGCGUCGGAAAUUACCCAAAUGACAAUCACUACGUGUGCUCGUAUAUGUGCCGCAGUGGGCUACAUGCCCACUGCAAUAUUGGCCAUUCUGAAACUCAUCGCUAGUACCACUGACUCUGCCAUAGAAGCUCAAGUCCGGGCUAUUGUUGAUACAGCAGAAUACCCCAGUCUUAUUACAGAGCUUGCAAAUGCAUUAGAGACAAGACUCGACGGAAUGUCUGCUGCAGCCAAGGACGCGGACAUCGUGGGGAGCAUCUGCUCGAAAAUGCGGCUGCUAGCACGUUGUUAUCCACAUCAAAUCCAGGCAGUCAUUGGAUUUGCGCCUUCCCAGGACGCAAGGCAGGAUCCGUCUAUGAUGGAAGCUCAGGCCAAUGACAUUGCUUUAACACCCUCCAUCUGGCCGUCUAUCUACGGCGAUCUGGGCGACACAUUUCCUGUCGACGACGUACAGUGGGACUCCCUUUUGAGCAAUUUCACUGGUUCUGGCUAGCAUCGCCAGAACUCUUUUUGC